UUCCUGUAGGAGAGGAUUAGCAUCGUUAACAUAUACAUUCAGUGUUGCCCGACUUUUAGAAGUAAAGCCAUGCAGACUACAUCAUCUGGUGAGAUCUGCUCAGGCUGGUGAGCAGCACCAGUGACACUGACACAUCUAGUCCUGAUGACUAGGUGCCACUUUGACGUAAACUUAUCAGCCUCACCGCGGGUUUCUGUUGAAGCGAGCUCUAAAAGCAUCACCACCGACAAACCUUUCAGGUUCCCAGUGGUUCGUUGAGCUGCUGGCCUCAAUGUGAAGCAGGAUGGACAAACUCUCUGUGGGAGAUAAAGCUGCUUCUAGCAGACCUAACCGCUGGGUGGAUCCAUCCUUCACUGAUUUGCCAGGGGAAAGCUUUUCUCUGUCUAGAAGGAGAAAGGUUGUGUGUGCCAACGCUGAGACAAAGAGGCCUAGGAAGAGGGCAGGAGAGGCUGGCAGCUCAGGCCCUCACACGUCCUUCCUGUUGAAAGAGUCAGCCCAGAGGGACCAGGAUGAGCCUUGGGUGGACAGAUACUCGCCCUGUUCACAGGCUGAGCUGGCUGUCCACAAGAAGAAGAUAGAGGAAGUGGAGAACUGGAUAAGAGUUCACUCAAACACAUCAAAGGGUGGUGUCUUGCUGCUGACGGGACCAUCGGGCUGUGGAAAGACUGCCACAGUCCAGGUUUUAUCUCUGGAGCUGGACCUCAGGGUUCAGGAGUGGACCAACCCCUCCAGCCAGGAGCCGUACAGCAGCAGUCAGCAUGGUGAGGAGAAACCCUUACUGUCCUGCCAGUGUCACUGUCAAGUGAGAAUAAAAUGGAGGAUGAACGGCUUGUCCUGCAGCUCCCAGUUAUCCCAGUUCAGCUUCCUCCUUAGAGUAAACAAGUACAACUGCCUGAAGAUGGUGGGUGAUGGAGGAGCCACAGACAGGAAGCUCAUACUGGUGGAGGAUUUCCCAAACCAGUUCUACAGGCAGCCCGGCAGCCUGCAUGAUAUCCUGAGGCGCUUUGUGAAGACCAGUCGGUGUCCCCUGGUGUUCAUUGUGUCAGACAGUCUGAGUGGAGACAGCAGCUCCCGCUUUCUUUUCCCCAGAGACAUCCAGGAGGAGCUGGACAUCAGCAGUAUCAGUUUCAAUCCAGUGGCUCCAACCACAAUGAUGAAGGUCCUGACUCGGAUUUCGACCCUGGAGGCAGGAAAGCAGAGCUGUGGGAGGAUGUGCGUCACAGAACAGACCGUGUUGGAGACGUUGUGUUCAGGAAGCUCAGGAGAUAUUCGCAGUGCCAUCAACAGCCUCCAGUUUUCCUCCCUCCCAGACACGUCAUUGGAAAAGGGGCUCUUAAGGAUGAAGAAGGACAUACAUGUGACUUCACUGAGCAAAGCUGUUUCCAGAACAAACCAGAGGAAGAAGAAGUCCAAACUGAAAAAGGAGCAGAAUGAGGAGCAGGCUAUUGGAGGGAAAGAUGCUUCUCUGUUCCUGUUCAGAGCACUGGGAAAGAUUCUGCACUGCAAACGAGGGAAACAUGAAGGUGCUGAAGCAGCCGAUUGUGCCCCUGGACCUGAUCUACCUUCUCACCUGUCUCAUCUUCACAGAGAAGCAUUACUUGUCGACCCUGAGUUAGUUGUUGAGCGUUCACACAUGUCUGGGGAGUUCUUCAGCCUGUACCUCCACCAGAACUACCUGGACUUCUUCUCUGAGGUGGAGGAUGUGGAGCGAGCCAGCGAGUAUCUGUCUGAUGCUGAUCUCCUCACCUCUGACUGGACGAGUCGCAGCACCAUGGCGCUUUAUGGGUCUUCAGUGGCCACCAGGGGGCUCCUUCACUCCAACUCUCAACAGGUUUCUGUCGGCUUCAGGCCGCUUCACAAACCCAACUGGCUGCUGGUCAACAAGAAGCACCGAGAGAACAGCCUGGCUGCUCAGUCUCUGUUCAGGAGCUUCUGUCUCACACCAGUCAGCCUGCAGACGGAACUGCUGCCAUACCUGGCCAAACUCACCAACCCUCUGAGAAACCAAGCUCAGAUAGCUUUUAUCCAGGACGUGGGUCAGAUGUCACUGAGGAGGUUCCCCGGCAGAUUAAAACUGGAGGCUCUGACAGACAAAGAGCCAGCCCAGCUGGAGAGAGACAGUGAAGAGGAAGAGGAAGGUCAGGCUGGGGUUGAAGAGGGUCUGCCUGCCAGUCAGCCGAAACCUACUACAAGCCAAGUCCUUUUGGAGGAGGAGGAGCUGAUCAUAGAGGACUAUACCAGUGACUAACACAUGCGGUGUCACGUCUGUGUCUCAUUGUAUGGAUGUUUUUAUAAUAGAUUGAUGGCUUAGUAUGGAGGAAGAUUAGCGCCAUGUGAAAUAACAAAUUAGUUCUAAAAUUAUUUUUUGUUAUACUAGGAAAAACAUGGUUACCGUUACAAAGUUGGUAUACUUUCAGAAAUACUUUCAGAAAUGUUGACCUUAAUCUUUGAGAACUUUUUUACUUUUUUUUCUCCACAAUUUUAAGAUUGAUCCCAGAACUUAAAUAAUUCUCCAUAACUGUAACUGUGCUUCAUAGUAUGUUGAUGACUGUGAUAAUAGCUCUGGUAUUACCAGUAUUUCUGCCUCAUUGAGGUGUCAUCUGCACAAGAUAUGAUUCUUUUUGUCCUGUAGAACCGGAAUUGAAUGUGAUUCUAAAGCUUGAGACAGGCUCAUGAUAAUAUGAACGAAUGGGGAUUAAUUGUAAUAAUCUCCUAAAGUGGCCCUUAACAGUUCAGUUGUACCAGUUGAAAUAUUGUCAGUAUUUAUUGUUUUGAAGUGCAUGUUCAGCACUUCAGCACACAUCCUUAUGUUUUGCUGAGUGACUGUUGAGCCGAGAUGAACCUGUAAUGGAGAACUGUCUGUGAACAAGCCCAGCCUUUAACCGACAUCUGUUGUUAUUCACUGUUUCCAAUGGAUGGAUGGAAAAUAAUAAAUAUUACAGUAAAUGCUUA